AUGGUGGAGGUCGACAUCGAGGAAGGCGAGGAGAUCACCGUCUGCGGAGACACCCACGGUCAAUUCUUCGAUCUCAUGGAGAUCUUCCGGCUGGCCGGUAAGCCCUCGGAGAAGCACUUCUUCCUCUUCAAUGGUGAUUUUGUCGAUCGUGGCUCGUGGUCGACCGAGAUUGCGCUCUUGCUCUAUGCUUACAAGAUGCUGUACCCUAACAAGUUCUUCUUGAACCGCGGAAACCACGAGACGGACGACAUGAACAGGAUGUACGGUUUCGAGGGCGAGUGCCGUGCCAAGUACACCGAGCGCGUCUUCAAGCUCUUCUCGGAAUCGUUCUCUGCGCUCCCAUUGGCGACAUUGAUUGGCAAGAAAUACUUUGUGCUCCACGGUGGACUCUUCUCGGAUGACAAGAUCACAUUGGACGACGUGAGGAAGCUGGACCGCUUUAAGCAACGCCAACCCGGACAGGCGGGUCUGAUGAUGGAAAUGCUCUGGACCGACCCACAGACGGCACCAGGCCGAGGACCCUCGAAGCGUGGUGUUGGUCUCCAGUUCGGUCCCGACGUCACGAAGCGAUUCUGCGAGAACAACGGUCUCGAGGCUAUCAUCCGGUCGCACGAGGUGCGAAUGGAGGGUUACGAGGUGGAACACGACGGCCGCUGCAUCACAGUCUUCUCUGCGCCCCAUUACUGCGACAGCACGGGCAACAAGGGCGCUUUUAUCAAGAUCGGACCGGAGUACAAGCUCAACUUCACCAAGUUCGACGCAGUAUUUGGAAAUCUGAUGAAUAAAUAUUUGUUUGGGAGUAACGGGGUCGUGGGGGGGAGGUCCGGACCCAGCGAGCCGCCGCGUCGUGGUUACGUUGCCUUACGUUAG